AGCGGGCUAGACUGAGGCUAGUUACCACGUCAGUGAGCUGACAGGGACGGUAACCGGCUCCAGCGCCGCGUCCCGGGCCUCUUAUCCCGGCUAACUGUGCCGGCUCAUCUCGAAUUUAGCGGCCACCUGCGAACACCUUCCUUUUCGCAGCUGUCACCGGAGCCGGGAGAGCCGCUGGGAGACGCCUCCGGGGCCCGGGCUGGACAUGAGCAGCAGCCGUCGGUGCUGGGACUAGCCCCCGCCAUUUUGGAUCCAGUGACAGGUUUGUCAGGAUGGUGGAUAAGAAUAUUUACAUCAUUCAAGGGGAGAUUAACAUUGUGGUUGGGGCCAUCAAACGGAAUGCCCGAUGGAGUACCCAUAUACCGUUGGAUGAAGAACGGGAUCCUCUGCUGCAUAGUUUCAAUCAUCUAAAGGAGGUUUUAAACAAUAUAACAGAACUCUCAGAAAUUGAGCCAAAUGUAUUCCUUCGUCCAUUUCUAGAAGUGAUUCGCUCUGAAGAUACAACUGGUCCUAUCACUGGCCUGGCGCUCACCUCUGUCAACAAGUUUCUUUCCUACGCACUCAUAGAUCCCACUCAUGAGGGCACAGCAGAGGGCAUGGAGAACAUGGCAGAUGCUGUCACCCACGCUCGUUUUGUAGGCACAGAUCCUGCCAGCGAUGAAGUUGUCCUGAUGAAAAUCCUUCAGGUUCUCCGGACUCUCUUGUUAACCCCAGUUGGUACCCACCUAACUAAUGAAUCAGUAUGCGAAAUUAUGCAAUCUUGCUUCCGGAUCUGUUUUGAAAUGAGGCUCAGUGAGUUAUUGAGAAAAUCCGCAGAGCACACUCUCGUAGACAUGGUCCAGCUGCUCUUCACAAGGUUACCUCAGUUUAAAGAAGAACCCAAAAGUUAUGUUGGAACCAACAUGAAGAAGCUGAAAAUGAGAGCAGGAGGCAUGAGUGAUUCAUCCAAAUGGAAGAAACAGAAGAGAUCUCCUCGGCCUCCACGUCAUAUGACCAAAGUCAUGCCAGGUUCAGAUCUGCCUGCCUCAAAUGGAACUGCCUUAACUUCUAACCUUACUGGUGGCAUGCCCUUCAUUGAUGUGCCCACAUCUGUCUCCUCUGCAAGUUCAGAAGCUGCCUCUGCAGUGGUCAGCCCAUCUACAGACAGUGGCCUAGAAUUUUCCUCCCAGACCACCUCCAAAGAGGAUCUUACUGACCUGGAACAAGCUGGUUCUCCAAGGGAAAGCACAGCUGCGGAUCCUGGGAGCAAUGAGCUAGGGGUUUCUGAUCAGUUUGACUCCCAGGAAGGGGCCCAUGAAGAAAGGGCCCAGUCAGCUUCAGUAGAAUCCAUCCCUGAGGUAUUAGAGGAAUGCACAUCUCCUGCUGACCACUCUGACUCUGCCUCUGUCCAUGAGAUGGAUUAUGUCAAUCCUCGGGGUGUGCGCUUCACCCAGUCUUCCCAGAAAGAAGGCACAGCUUUGGUUCCCUAUGGUCUUCCCUGCAUCCGUGAGCUCUUCCGCUUCCUUAUCUCUCUUACCAAUCCACAUGAUCGCCAUAACUCUGAGGUGAUGAUCCACAUGGGACUGCACUUAUUGACAGUGGCUCUUGAGUCAGCUCCUAUAGCCCAGUGCCAGGCCCUCUUGGGCCUCAUCAAGGAUGAGAUGUGCCGCCACCUUUUCCAGCUCCUGAGCAUAGAACGUCUGAACCUGUAUGCUGCUUCCCUGCGAGUGUGCUUCUUACUGUUUGAGAGCAUGCGGGAGCACCUCAAGUUCCAACUGGAGAUGUACAUCAAAAAGCUCAUGGAAAUCAUCACUGUGGAAAACCCUAAGAUGCCUUAUGAGAUGAAGGAGAUGGCACUAGAGGCCAUCGUGCAACUCUGGCGCAUCCCCAGCUUUGUUACUGAGCUCUACAUCAACUAUGAUUGUGACUACUACUGCUCCAACCUCUUUGAGGACCUCACUAAACUGCUGUCCAAGAAUGCUUUCCCUGUGUCUGGUCAGCUCUAUACAACACAUCUACUGUCUCUUGAUGCCCUGUUGACAGUGAUCGACAGCACUGAAGUUCAUUGUCAGGCCAAAAUCCUCAAUAACCACACCCAGCAAGAGAAGAAAGAGACAGCCAGACCCAACUAUGAGGCAGUAGAUGGUACCCAAGAAGCUAACAAUGCUGAGAGAAUAACCAACGAUGAGAAAGCUACAGGCAUGGCUCCAGAUGCCCCAGGCCUACAUCUGCCAGUUGGAGGAUGGCUACCAUCAGAGCAUGGAAAGCCAGGAUGCAAUGAUCUGGAGGAAGCUGGUGACUCUGGGGCUGACAAAAAAACUACCCGGAAGCCACCUCGAUUUUCCUGUCUCCUGCCAGAUCCACGGGAACUAACUGAAAUUAAAAACAAAAAAAAGCUGCUGAUCACUGGGACAGAACAGUUCAACCAGAAACCAAAGAAGGGUCUCCAGUUUCUGCAGGAGAAAGGCCUUCUCACCAUCCCAAUGGAUAACACAGAGGUAGCCCAGUGGCUUCGAGAAAACCCUCGGCUAGACAAGAAAAUGAUUGGAGAGUUUGUGAGUGACCGCAAAAACAUUGACCUGUUGGAGAGUUUUGUGAGUACCUUCAGCUUUCAGGGUCUGCGGCUUGAUGAAGCUCUUCGCCUCUAUCUGGAAGCCUUCCGUUUACCUGGGGAAGCACCAGUCAUCCACAGGUUGCUGGAGGCAUUCACAGAGCACUGGAGGAAUUGUAAUGGCUCCCCAUUUGCCAAUAGUGAUGCCUGCUUUGCCCUGGCCUAUGCUGUCAUCAUGCUUAACACUGAUCAGCACAACCACAACGUUCGUAAACAGAAUGCACCCAUGACCCUGGAGGAGUUUCGCAAAAACCUAAAAGGUGUGAAUGGAGGCAAGGACUUUGAGCAGGACAUCCUGGAAGACAUGUACCAUGCCAUCAAGAAUGAAGAAAUUGUGAUGCCUGAGGAACAGACAGGUUUAGUUCGUGAGAACUAUGUGUGGAAUGUGCUUCUUCAUCGAGGUGCUGCCCCUGAGGGCAUAUUCCUCCGUGUGCCUCCUGGCAGCUAUGAUCUUGAUCUCUUCACUAUGACCUGGGGCCCUACUAUUGCUGCUCUCUCUUAUGUCUUCGACAAAAGCCUUGAGGAGACAAUCAUCCAGAAAGCCAUCUCAGGCUUCAGGAAGUGUGCCAUGAUCUCCGCCCACUAUGGCCUCAGUGAUGUGUUUGACAAUCUCAUCAUCUCUCUGUGCAAAUUCACAGCUCUCAGCAGUGAGUCUAUUGAAAAUCUGCCCAGUGUAUUUGGAAGCAACCCUAAGGCCCACAUUGCAGCCAAGACUGUAUUCCAUUUGGCCCAUCGUCAUGGUGACAUCCUGCGAGAGGGCUGGAAGAAUAUCAUGGAGGCUAUGCUGCAGCUCUUCCGAGCCCAACUACUGCCCAAGGCUAUGGUAGAGGUAGAAGAUUUUGUAGAUCCCAACGGCAAGAUUUCUCUACAGCGGGAGGAAACACCAUCAAACCGAGGAGAGUCAACAGUACUUAGCUUUGUGAGCUGGCUGACAUUGAGUGGUCCUGAGCAGUCUAGUGUACGGGGCCCAUCUACUGAGAACCAAGAGGCCAAGAAAGUGGCCUUAGACUGUAUCAAGCAAUGUGACCCAGAAAAGAUGAUCACAGAAAGCAAAUUCCUCCAGCUGGAGUCUCUGCAGGAGCUCAUGAAGGCUCUGGUCUCAGUGACACCAGAUGAAGAGACAUAUGAUGAGGAAGAUGCUGCUUUCUGUCUGGAGACACUGCUAAGGAUUGUACUGGAGAACAGAGACCGUGUAGGCUGUGUAUGGCAGACAGUUCGAGACCAUCUGUACCACCUGUGUGUCCAGGCACAGGAUUUCUGCUUCCUUGUGGAACGGGCAGUAGUAGGGCUGCUGCGUCUGGCCAUUAGGCUGCUCCGGAGAGAGGAGAUCAGUGGCCAGGUACUGCUCUCUCUGCGCAUCCUGUUACUGAUGAAGCCCAACGUGUUGUCCAGAGUCAGUCACCAGGUUGCAUAUGGGCUCCAUGAACUUCUCAAGACCAACGCAGCCAACAUCCACUCGGGUGAUGACUGGGCUACUCUCUUCACAUUGCUGGAAUGUAUUGGCUCAGGCGUGAAGCCUCCCGCUGCUCUGCAGGCCACAGCUAGGGCUGAUGCACCUGAUGCUGGGGCCCAGUCCGACAGUGAGCUCCCAUCCUACCAUCAAAAUGAUGUCAGCCUGGAUCGAGGGUAUACUUCGGACUCAGAAGUCUACACUGACCAUGGCAGGCCUGGGAAGAUACACCGAUCAGCCACAGAUGCUGACAUGGUCAACAGUGGCUGGUUAGUGGUGGGGAAGGAUGACAUUGAUAACUCCAAGCCAACAGCAGGGCCCAGUAGGCCAGGCACUUUGCCUCUGGUUAAUCAAUAUAGCCUAACAGUGGGAUUGGACCUGGGACCACAUGACACUAAGUCCCUACUUAAGUGUGUGGAAUCAUUAUCCUUCAUUGUUCGCGAUGCUGCCCAUAUCACCCCUGACAACUUCGAGCUCUGUGUGAAGACUCUGCGCAUCUUUGUGGAGGCCAGUCUGAAUGGUGGGUGCAAGUCUCAGGAUAAGCGUAGCAAGAGUCACAAAUAUGACAGUAAAGGAAACCGCUUCAAGAAAAAAUCCAAGGAGAGCUCAAUGCUUCGGCGGCCUCGAACCUCCAGCCAACAUGCCACUCGGGGUGGACAUAGUGAUGAAGAUGAAGAUGAAGGCGUGCCUGCCAGCUACCAUACGGUGUCUUUACAGGUCAGUCAGGACUUGCUGGAUCUGAUGCACACUUUGCACACGCGGGCAGCCUCUAUCUACAGCUCAUGGGCAGAGGAGCAGCGCCACCUAGAGACAGGUGGUCGGAAGAUUGAAGCUGACUCACGCACUCUCUGGGCCCACUGCUGGUGCCCUUUACUACAAGGCAUCGCUUGCCUGUGCUGUGACGCCAGGCGCCAGGUGCGAAUGCAGGCCCUGACCUAUCUACAGCGAGCCCUGCUGGUACAUGACCUCCAAAAGCUAGAUGCCUUGGAAUGGGAGUCCUGUUUUAAUAAGGUACUGUUUCCUCUACUGACCAAGCUGUUGGAGAAUAUCAGCCCAGCAGAUGUGGGUGGGAUGGAAGAGACGCGGAUGAGGGCUUCCACACUGCUCUCAAAGGUCUUCCUGCAGCACCUGUCGCCACUGUUGUCGCUGUCCACCUUUGCUGCACUCUGGCUCACCAUCCUGGACUUCAUGGACAAGUACAUGCAUGCAGGCUCCAGUGACUUACUGUCAGAAGCCAUCCCUGAGUCUCUGAAGAAUAUGCUGCUAGUGAUGGACACAGCAGAAAUUUUCCACAGUGCAGAUGCACGAGGCAGUGGCCCCUCUGCCCUCUGGGAGAUCACCUGGGAGCGCAUUGAUUGCUUUCUGCCACACCUGCGUGAUGAGCUUUUCAAGCAGACUGUCAUCCCAGAUCCUAUGCCCACAGAACCUCACACCCAAAAACCUCUGGCCUCAACCCACCUGACUCCUGCUGCUGGUGACCCCAGGACAUCUGGCCACCCUUCUCCCCCAGAGAUACCCUUGGAACUGGGGACUUGUGACUCAGAAAAGCCAGAGAGUUCCCGAGCCACCAGCAACAGCUCUCCUGGAUCACCAGUGGCCUCUAGCCCCGCCAGGCUAAGUCCUACCCCAGAUGGGCCUCCACCCUUAGCCCAGCCCCCACUAAUCCUACAGCCCUUGUCCUCCCCACUGCAAGUGGGAGUGCCACCCAUGACUCUGCCCAUCAUCCUCAAUCCUGCACUCAUUGAGGCCACCUCUCCAGUGCCUCUCCUGGCCACACCCCGUCCUGCAGACCCCAUACCCACCUCAGAAGUCAACUAAAGCAAGAUCAGAGAUCAGGACCAUUACUUCUCACAGGCUCUCACAGCACUCCCUUCCAGCUGUCCCAGGGGCCACAGACCCUUCUGGCCCAAAGCAAGCUGCUGUUGCUGCCACGUGGAUGGGGAAAGAACUUUGAUAGUCCCUGUUGGAACCCACUUCUAACUGCAGAACCUUCUUCCUCUGCUAUCCUUUACUGAGGCUCCAACCUGAGAGCACACUCAGGUAUCUCCUGUAGCCUCUGCCUCCAGACUGGCAGCCCUGGGAAGGCAUUAAUGAAUCCUGCUGUGCCAACCCUGCAGUGCCUACCAUGUUCCCCUCCUGCCAGGUUAGGCAUCGAGAGCCAAGCCCAACCACUCUGCACUUUGUUCUCCUCUCCCAUCCCAGCUCCAUCAUCCCUGGGCCACCUCCCCCAAUUCUUCCUCCUUUAUUAAAUAGUGGGUUAGUUGGGAGAGUUGCUUGGUACCAUGGAGGGUGGGUAGGUGGGCUGGAUGGGGGACUGCCCACAGGAGCAUGUACAUAUGGAAAACAAUGACAAAAAAAUGGACUUUUUAUUAUGUAAUAAAUGUCUUAGUACCAACACUA